GGUAGGCGUAGUACAUAUAAAUUUUCUUCCAGAUCAUGCCAUUAUGCGUCAUGGGCUCGUCCUCGUAUAUGAAUGAUCCUUUGGUUCGUAUCGUCUCAGAUCUAACCACAUCGUCGGGCCACCUUGAAUUAUACUCUCGCUUCGCUCCAAUCUAGACAGGAUGCCGCAGGUUCUCAAGAUCGCAGCCGCGCAAUCUCGCACCCUCUCUACAACAGCCCAAACCCUCUCAGCCCUUGAAACUACCACCAAGCGCGCUGCAUCUCAGGGAAUAGACAUACUCUUGUUCCCGGAAGCGUACUUGGGCGGAUACCCUCGCACUUGCUCGUUCGGUGCUGCAGUCGGCGCACGCGCGCCCGAAGGUCGCGAGCAAUUCCUGCACUAUUUCCACGAUGCUGUCGAUCUAGGAGACACUCCAAAUGGCGCAGGCGAAGACUGGAUUGACCGAAAGCUCGAAUUACCAAAGGGAAAGGAGUAUAGAGGUGAUGGCACGAGAGAAGAGCUGGAGAGGAUUGCAAAGGAAACGGGUGUAUUUGUCGUGACAGGACUGGUAGAGAAAUCUGGAGGAACACUGUAUUGUGGAUCCGUUUUUGUAGAUCCGAAGAGAGGUGUUUUGGGUAAGAGACGGAAGGUGAUGCCGACAGGCAGUGAGCGCUUAGUAUGGGGGAUGGGCAGUGCGAGUACGCUAAGGGCAGUAACGACCGAGAUCAAGGGCGUGAAGCUGUGCAUGGGUUCGGCGAUUUGCUGGGAAAACUACAUGCCAUUGCUAAGACAGAGUCUGUACAGCCAAAAUGUCAAUCUUUGGUUUGCGCCGACAGCGGAUGCGCGCGAUACUUGGGCUGCACUGAUGCGGACCGUUGGGUGCGAGGGGCGUUGCUUUGUUCUCAGUGCAAACCAGUGCGUCAAGAGGAGGCAUCUUCCUGAGUGGAUAACAGGCGAAACAAGGAAUGAAACAGCCCGCUCGCCAAGCAUCGCAAGCAGUAGCGGAGUUGGUAGAACGAUAUUGCAACAGAGUGGCGGUGCCGCGCGCCGGCGAAGCACCAUCACGAGGACAGAAGACGGCCAUGAGAUCUGCUUGCCAUUGCCCAAGGGACAAGAUGCAAUAACUAACGGCGACUCAUCAGCUAUUGACUCCAUAGAAGAAACCUCCAGCAUCAAACUGCAGUCUUUCUCGCAACCUCGGUCAUGGUCUGCAGACGGUGAAGAGUUCGUCUCUCGCGGUGGCUCAAUAAUCGUAUCGCCUCUUGGUGAGGUGCUAGCCGGACCACUUUGGGAAAAGGACGAUGAGCUCCUUGUCACAGAGGUUGAUUUUGAAGAUUGCGACCGAGGAAGACUUGACUUUGACUCUGCGGGAAGCUAUUCGCGCAUGGAUAGCUUCAAACUCAGUGUCGAGGGUCUUGACCUGAACCCGCCGCCGAUGUAAGAAGCAUGAUAUAUGUUUGAAAAAAGAGGUGGUCAAAAGCUCAUUGCUUGAUGUCUUCUUUAUGUGAACUGAGUCCAGUAUAGUCUUCACGGUUUGUAUAAAUGUAACGUAUAGGUUAUAAAUACCCAAUCUCCUGCGUAGCACCUACUCGCAAAAAUUGGCAGUCAAGUCUUCGCAUUCAAUUUAACGUUUUAACCUCGACAGAAGACUUCAAUAUGUCUCCUAAUUUCGUUACAAAGCGAAUCCAACCCUGUGCGGGAAUGCCGGUCCACGAGCUCGUCUGUGGGCACAUCAUCCAAGCUAUUUUC